UCCCCAAUCUCUCCUGUCCAAUCUCCAGGAUGACCGACGCUCGCUUGAAUCAAUCUUAGACGACAAACCUCUUUUGAAAUCAAUUUCUGCCGCUACGCCCUACACUUGCGACUACCCAUUUUUUUUUUUUUUUUCCUUUUCAAUUUACGGAUUACUGUUGCCAACGCCCAUCCUCGUCCAUGCGAACUCUGCCCAUCUCGCCGCGACCCACGACGAAUCUCGACUGCGACUAGCCUUAUCGUAGCCGUUUCCGAAAUUCCUCAACCGUAACCCCCGAGGGAGCAGAUCUCGAAAAGACAACAGCCGACUCAAAUCGAUCAAACGAACGAGUCUCGAGGCGCUGUGCCACCACGCUUACUCGAACUCGAUAACAAAUCCCCCAUCAUCGGCCCCCCUUCGCCCAUGCUAUAAUCCCGCCGGGCCUUCUCCCAUCCAGAACCGACCUACAACAAACCUGCAACAAAAACCCGCAGUUUGACUGCGUCAGCUGCUCCUCAUGGGGAAAAAAUGGCGAUAUGGAAUCAUCUUUGACGCUGGUUCCUCAGGAACACGUCUGUACGUUUACAAGUGGAAGGAUCAUGCCAAAGCCAUAAAGCACGCCACCGUGGAAGAGCUCCAUAGUCUGCCCAAGAUCAAGCUGCAGACGAGCGAAAAGAUUCGCCCCGGCGUGUCCUCCUUCGCCGAGAAGCCUGAAGAAAUCGGCCAUGGACAUUUGGAAUCCCUCAUCAAGUUGGCCCUCAAGGAGGUUCCCGACAAAAAGGUUGCCGAUACGCCCGUCUACCUCAUGGCCACGGCUGGCAUGCGUCUCCUUCCCGACCACCAACAAAAGGCUCUCCUCCGCAACAUGUGCUCCUACCUACAGCAAAAUACGAAAUUCUCGCUUCCCGACUGCAACACCAACAUCCAGGUCAUUUCUGGUGAGACAGAAGGCCUGUACGGCUGGCUCGCCACGAACUACCUGCUUGGCGGUUUCGACCACCCCGACAAGCAUACGCACGGCAAAGGCCACCACACGUACGGGUUUCUGGACAUGGGAGGUGCCUCGGCGCAGAUUGCAUUCGCACCGAACAGCACAGAAGCCGAGAGACACGCCGAGGACCUCAAGCUUGUCCGCCUGCGGACCCUGGACGGCAGCACCAUCGAGCACAGGGUCUUCACUGCUACCUGGCUCGGCUACGGUGCAAAUCAGGCCCGCGAGCGUUAUAUCGACAAGCUCAAGGAACAGUACGGCAAGCCCAACGACCUCGAGCUCCCGGACCCAUGUCUUCCUGCCGGCUUGAGAACAAGCGUAAAAGGCGACCCUGUGGAGGCCGAGUCUGUCGGCAAGGAACUAUCUCUGCUCGGCACCGGUCGAUUCGACGAAUGUCUGCGCCAAACAGAGCCUCUUCUCGGAAAGGAUACCCCGUGCACAGACGAGCCUUGCCUUCUCAACGGUCAACACGUACCCAACAUUGAUUUCGACGUAAAUCACUUUGUAGGUGUCUCGGAGUUCUGGCACACGACCCACGGAGUGUUUGGAAAGGGUCACAAGACGGCAUAUGACUUGGCAACGUACCAGAAGAAUGUGGUGGAUUUUUGCACGCAGAACUGGGUGGAUAUAGAGUCCAGCAUCGAUGCGAGAAAGAAGUCCUCGGCCCAGAAGGCAAAGAACGCCCAAGAAGCCUGCUUCAAGGCGUCCUGGCUCAUCAAUGUUCUUUACGAAGGAAUCGGCAUUCCGCGACCAGGACUCGAACACACGCCGCAACCCGGUCUGAACGUUACGAAAGGAACUCUAGAGGAAGCCAAGGAAAAGGGUUUCGUCGAUCCCUUCCAGCCAGUCAACGAAAUUGAUGGUGUCGAAGUGAGCUGGACCUUGGGCAAGAUGGUGUUGUAUGCCGCCGGACAAGUUCCACCAGCAGGAAGUGCCCAGCCGGUUGGCUUUGGAAGCAACAUCGCUGGCGCCACCGAUUUCGAACCCGCAGGAUCCAAAUUCUCUCCCAUCACGAUCGGAGACAACGACGACGAUGAUGAUUGGGAUACCGACGAGCUCCUGGACAAGGCAAAAACGAAAUCUGGAUCUGGCUUCCUGGCGUUCAUCCUGGUUUUGGUUGUACUAGCCUUCUUCCUGCGUAAGCGAGACCGCCGAGCACGAUGGUUUGGCAAGGUUGCGUCUGCCGUUCGGGGUACGAGGCGCCCGGGCAGCCCUCGCAAGUUCGGGCGUGGCUUCUCAUUCACCAACAAGCUUUUCGGACGAUCAUCGGCGACUUACGAACGGGUCCUCGAAGAGGGCGAUGCUGAUCAGUUCGAGCUCGGCUCUGUCGACUCUGACGAAAACGAGCACUCCGACAGCAGCGAGGGCUCUAGGGCAGGCCGCUCUUCCGGCCUUGCUACCCCGAAGCUCAAUAUUGAGCGAUUCGACGACGUUCGACCACCCUUUUCCAUGGACCGUGGUGGUUUGGCAGUGAGGACAGAGAGCAGAGAGAGGCUGGUACCGAGUUUGGUGAAUGCAGGACGUCGCAGUCGCGCUGGUAGUCCGACACGACUGAAGAGUCCGCUGAUGAAGCCGUUGGAUGAGGAUUAAGUAACAGAGAUGCCUGCUAUACGCAGUGUAAGAUUAUGCAUGCCUGCUAGCGACUGGAUGGGGGAUUUCUCCUGGUGUUUUUUUAUAUUCUUCUUGUUCAUUCUUACAGAGAUGGCGUUUAUCAGGCAUGAUGGAUUAUGCCCAGCAUCAAAGGCCCUCUGGGCUAUUCGAAUCGGAGGCAGUUAACGGCGUUUCAUCACAUAGGAAAGUGUUACCGGGCCGCUUUAGACGAGAGAUCGCUAUUUUGGGA